GGGCGGGCUCGGUGGGCGCGGCUUCAGCCCCGAGCCGCGGAGGAGGAACGGGACGCGACCGCCGGAUCGACCCGAGCUCGGCUCCGCGUCGCACCUCCGCCGUCUCUCGCAGUCAUGAGCAUGUACGGCUCGCAGCGCGCCCUCAACACGAUGGGACGGCGCGCCGGAUCGCGCGGCGAGCUCAACGCGUACGCGCGCGGCAGCAACGGCUUCACGCAGGAGUUCGUGGAGGGUUACGGCUUCUCCAGAGGCUCGAUGAGCGCAGGACAAGUCCCCAGCAUGACGCCUGUUCAGCAGCAGAUAAUGUUUCUACAGACUCAGUGUCAGGAUUACCUGGACAAAGCAGCGCUGAUACUGAAGUCUGGUGGAGAUGCCAAUGCUUUUAUUGAAGCUCAGAGCUGUCUGGCAUCUGCUGCAGAAAUCACUGACCAGCUCCGAGGCUACGCUAUGGACCUGAACCAACAGAACCUGUCGUCUGAGAGCGUGGUGAGGAGCGUGAGCAUAUUCUCGGAUCAGAUCAGGGAGCUCAGCCUGGCUCUGAACGGUCCUCCGCCGCAGCAGAAGUGGAGCAGCCGGUCGAUGCGGCGCAGCGUGAGCCGCGAGGAACACAGCCGCUUCUUCACCGAGGCCAUGUCCUGGAUCCUUCAGCAGAGGAGGCUGAUAGAGACGUCGUUGUGGGGCGAUGAUUUGACGGCCAUCGAGCAGCAGAUAGCCAAUCACAGCGCGUUUCACAGCUCCAUCCAGAGAAGUGGGGAGGUGGAUCGAGCACGAGCAGAGCUGCUGCGAAGCAAAGACCAAAACGCCGAACUGACCAAAUCCUGCCUCAACAAGCUGGAUCAAGAAUGGGACAGUCUGCUGAAAGUGUCGUACCAGCGGAGCGUCCAGCUGCAGGACCUGAGGAGCAUCAUCGAGGAGAUCUCGGCGCAGAUCAUGUGGGUGAACGACCGCGAGGAGGAGGAGCUGGUGUUCGACUGGGGAGACAAAAACAUCGACGCCUACAUCCCUCAGAAACAGGAGAGCUUCUCGAAGCUGAUGAGCGAGCUGGAGCAGAAGGAGGUUCAGCUGAACGUGCUCAAGACGAAGGUGGACGGCCUGCUGAGGAACAAACACCCGGCGUCUGAUAAGAUCCAGGCUUACAUGGAGACGCUGCAGACUCAGUGGAGCUGGCUCCUGCAGAUCACCAAAUGCAUCAACGUCCAUCUGAAGGAGAAUGCACGAUACAGCCAGUUCUUCAAGGAGACGAGUGAAAUGAACAGCAAACUGCAGAAAGAGCACGACAGCAUCCGCAAGAGCUUCUCCUGCGAUAAGUCCACGGCUCUUCACAACCUCCUGGAGCUCCUGCAUGUCUGA